AUGCAUCGUCUACGAACUCCAGCUGUCUUUCGGCAGCUGCCGAAAGGAUUAUCACGCCCAAUGACUAGUCGUAGCUUUACCGUUGCGGCUAAUCGGGCCAACAGCUCUCCGCAAUCUGACCCCCACGACUCAACAAGCAUAGCAAAACAACUACGUGAAAUCACCGAUACUCUCCGCAAAGCUCCCAAAUCGGCCUCUCAAGCUGCAGCUCCAAAGUCUUUUACACAUAAGAAUGUUAUUGUGGAGGGUCGCGGCCAAUGCUGGCUGGACAAGGAGGUAUUGUACUUGCAUUGCGAGGAUGGUAGAACAGUGAAACUGCCUUAUACCUACCUACGCGAUCUCUGUCAGUGUCCUCUGUGUAAGGAUCAACACUCGCACCAGCGUCCUUUUCGCACGAACGAUGUUCCAAAGAAUGUUGUUCCCCGCUCGGUCAAGUGGAACGGGAUCAACCUUGUCAUUCAAUGGACCAACGACAUCCCCGGCUAUCCAGCCCACCACAAGUCGACAUGGCUCCUCAAGGAUCUGCAAGAGCCCAGACACAACCCUCAUGACCUGACAGAGGACACUAGACCGGUGCCAUGGAGUGGAACACGCAUGGAACAAGACCAGCAUUGGAUUUCGUAUAAGGACUACGUUGCUGGUGGUCCUGGGUUUGCCAGAGCCAUGUGUCACUUGCAAUCUAAGGGUCUGAUAUUCGUUAAAGAUAUUCCCAAGUCCAGGGAGAUGGUUGAAAAGAUCGCCACAGGCAUGGGUCCCCUGCGCAACACGUUUUAUGGAUCAACUUUUGAUGUGCGGACUGUUCCAAAUGCGCAAAAUGUGGCAUACACCAACACGUUUCUUGGUUUCCACAUGGACUUGAUGUAUAUGAACGAGCCACCUGGAUACCAACUCCUCCACUGCUUGGAGAACUCAUGCCAGGGAGGCGAGUCGCUGUUCGCGGACGCGUUUUAUGCAGCCGAAACCAUGCGCGAUGAAUACCGGCCUGCAUAUACCGAGCUUUGUGAGCAGCAUUUGGGCUACGAGUACAGGCAUGAGAACAGCAUCUACUAUAACGAGCGACCAGUCUUCGAGCUGGACCCAAAAACAGAAGAACUACGCCAUGUGAAUUACUCGCCCCCUUUCCAAUCUGCUCUUCCGCCGUCGAGAGGCAAUGAACAUGAUCCCCAGGCUAUAAACAAGUUGCAAGAUGCCCUUUCAGUCUUUACUGGGCUCAUCGAACAAAAGAAUGCCACCUUUGAGCUCAAGCUUAACCCAGGUGAGUGUGCUAUCUUUGACAACCGACGAAUUGUUCAUGCGCGCCGGCAAUUCGACUCCACUGGAGGAUCUCGCUGGUUGGCAGGUGCAUAUGUCGACACCGAUGCUCUGCUCUCUUGCUUCGCCGUUGCCCAGAAAAAAUUUCCUGCAGCCUGGAAGAAAUGA